UUCAUAAUUGACUAUCCGGCGAGGAGAAUUCAACGAGCCUUAGCGAUAAAUUCUGGGAUGCAGGCCUACAGCAGGGAACACCCGUACUGUUACAGCUAUCUUCAAUGCUGCUGCCAGCCUUCAGCCCCUAGCUAUGCACCACAAAGCCAUCAGUACCAGUCGCAGUUUCAACCCUUCUUCGAAGGGCAGUUGCAGAAGCCAUUUCAGUCAUCGUUCUCCAUCGAGUCGCUUCUUGGAGGUGAGAAGACGCGGGAGGCAAGCACGCCUUCCUUUGGCAGCGCUCCCGCAUACAGCAAACAAACAGGUCUAGACUCCGCCGUUGAAGGUAAACUUAAAGAACUGGUGGAGCGUAGGCGAAACAACAGCUCAGAAGUAUUGAACAACUUCCAUAAGCAAGAACGAUCCACAACGAAGGCAGAAUUGCAGAAAGAAGCGCAUCUCGCCGGUGAGCCAGCAAGUGCCUCACAAGAAGACAAAAAGGGUUUGAUGUACACUCGCUUCAAGAGGAAGCGGCCCCGCACGAUGUUUACCCUGUAUCAACUGGAGAGGAUGGAGGGAGAAUUCCUGCGCCGUCAGUACAUCACGGGUAAUCAGCGGUUGCAACUGGCCAGCGAACUUCAGUUGACCGAGACACAAGUCCGAGUUUGGUUUCAGAACAGACGGAUUAAAUGGCGCAAACAUAUGAUGAAGAGGCAGUUUGAAGGCUACUCGGAUCUAUGCAGAAGAAAAUAAACUGGGAUGUAAAAACAACAACAACAAAAAAUACAAACAAACCAAAAUAGAAAAAAAAAAAAGAAGCGAUCAUUAUGGUCAGUAUAUUUCAAAACUUCUCAUAGUAGGCCUUAAGCCUCAAGCUACCUAAGGAACUGCGCACGCCUUUGAUGUCUGGCUCCGCCCUAAUACUGACUUAACUUAGAAACACACUAUUCUGUACAGUAAA